AUGUACCCCACCCGCCACUGGCAAGCUUGGGUGCUCGACAGGGCGAAGCAGAACGCCUCUUACAGCUGCGCGCUCCUCUCUGCUUACAACGCCGCCGCACUUAUCAACCGGUCUCUCCCUCCCGAGGUUCUCAUGGAGGUGUUCGGCCAUUUGGACCACAAGACCUACAGCGGCAUCCGGCUCCUUCACGUGUGCCGCGCAUGGCGCGUCCUCUUGCUCAGCACUUCCGAAUACUGGGCGAACAUGUGCCGAAUCGCGAUGGAGCACACGGACGACACCGAGCCUCGUAGCACUCGCGUCCGCGAGCGUGACGAAACGUUCUUGCGCUUAUCUUCCCCCCGGCAUAUUGGCCUCAGUAUAUACCAGGUCGCUAUGAGCACACGCGAAAUCCUUGCUCCUCAUGCACAUCGAAUCUCUUCUCUGUGGCUCAGCGUUUCCACCAAUAUGUUUCCCACCUUUCAGCGGUUAUCUGAGUCUGAUUUCCUUCAGCUCACUUCGCUCUCCUGCCAUCACGCAUCCAACUUUCGAGACCCGGAACCGUCGGUGUCUCGACUCUCACGUCGACAUUCUUCUGGUACAGCCUUUCCGCGGCUCCAAACUCUCGCUAUAUCACCCUACUUCCUCCAUGUCUUCAGGAUCACGAAGCUACCCGUUCUCUGCACGCUGCAGAUCGAAGGAUGCCUUUGCCUCUGGUGUACAUUCGGCCCUCCCGGGACGCACAUCCAGCAAUCACUCAUGUCGCUCCUCCGCAGUGUUCCCACCCUCACCAACCUCGCUUUUCUUGAUAUUCGCAUGAAUCUCUCGCAGCUGUCCGGAGAAGUCUCCUCCACACCGCUACCUAACCUCCAGACCCUCUCUUUCAACGUCACCCAGUCUUUUUCUGGCGAUAGCCUCAUCCAACGCCUCGAGCCCCCCUGGGUGUGCUCGUCCAGAUGA